AUGUCUACCAUUACUUUAUCCAAGGAAUCACAUAAUGACCCGUCCAAGUUCAGGGCCAGUUAUGAGAAUGAACGCAUAGCAUUGGGCCUCACAGCAGGCAAGCCCACCAACUCUUCGUUACCGACGAUUCACUCCUCUUCAAAAAUUGCCAUUAUUGGUGCUGGGUUUGGAGGGAUUGGAGCGGCUAUAAAGACAAUCAAGGAGUUCAAAGAAACCGACUUUGUCAUAUUUGAAAAACAUGACAAUUUUGGUGGUACCUGGUGGGCAAACACCUACCCAGGUUGCGCAUCUGACAUUCCCGCAAUCUGGUACUCAUUUUCAUAUGCGUUGACAACAAACUGGAGUAGAGUACAGCCUCCCCAGUAUGAGAUGGAGGAGUAUUUGUUGAGAAUUGUUGACGAGCACAAGUUAAGAGAAAAGGCCAGAUUGAAAACAUCAGUUGACAAGUGCGAAUAUAACGAAAGUACGGGAUUGUGGACCUUAUACUCACAUGAUUUGGGCACGGGACAAAAAAUUGAGCAUACCUGCAAAGUCAUUGUAUCCUGUCGUGGUGGUUUGGUGCACCCUCGUGACCUUGAAGCACCUGGACUAGAAAACUUUGGUGGUAAAUAUAUGCACUCUGCCGUUUGGGAUCAUUCGAUUGACUUCAAAGGUAAAGAUGUUGUUGUGGUAGGUAACGGGUGUUCUGCAGUCCAGAUUGUUCCGACAUUACUUGAUGAUCCGCAAUACAAUGUUGGAUCGCUAACCCAAGUCUUUAGAUCCAAACACUAUAUCAUGCCUCCGGUGCCACCAUUUUUGUUGAAACUUUAUCACUUGGUGAGCUUCAAUUUCUACGGCAUGAUGUUUGUUCGGUCAAGCCUCACAGAAAGAUCUGUCAACUACAUCCACCUGACGGCUCCAAAAAAGUACUGGGACAUGCUCAUUCCCAGUUUCAAGGUUGGCUGCAAAAGAAUGAUUCUCGACUACAGAUACGUUCCUACAUUACUGAAUCAACGUCUUGAACUUGCUUAUUCUGGAAUAAAAGAGGUGGUCAAGGACGGAGUUGUUUUGGAUGAUGGUAGGUUUGUAAAAGCGGAUAUUAUUGUUGCUUGUACCGGGUACGACCUUAGCAGAUCGGCACAAAUGCCAGUCACAACCACCACUGGAAUUUCCGUCUCUGAUUUGUGGCAAAAGGAAGGCACAUCUGCUUACCGGACUAUAUUGGUCAAGGACGUUCCCAACCUAUUUGUAAUUGGCGGUCCAAAUAGUGGAACUGGACACUCGUCAGUCAUUAUGACUUUGGAAAAUGCCGUUGAUUAUUACGUGAAAGUCGCCAAACCAGUCAUCAAAGGUCAAAAAAAAUCAGUAGUUGUGAAAUCACAAGCAUACGACAAUUGGAGAGUCACAAUUCAAAAUGAGUUGAAGAAAAGUGUGUUUGGUACCAAGUUUGGAGGAUGCGUAUCGUGGUACAGUAACGAAAAGGAGAACCCUACAGCCUUUGCGUGGAGUCAAGUGUACUUUUGGUACAUGACUCAUUUUCCCAAUUAUAGGGACUUGAUUUAUGAGAAUUAUAAGAAAAAAAUUGACUAA